AUGGCCCCUUCAACCACCACCGAAACCAUCCCUUCCACCAUGUCCGCCAAAGGCCCGCAGUCAUCGCAGACUGCAGGCGCCGAAUCCGCCAAGGUAAAAAUGCAGAUGCCUACGAUGCCGAAAUUCGAGAACAAGCUCGAAGAGCGCGAGUAUCUCAAGGGUCGUCUCGCUGCGGCGUUUCGCAUUUUCGGGAAAUUAGGCUAUGACGAAGGUGUCGCGGGCCACAUUACGCUCCGAGACCCCGUAGACCCCACUACAUUCUGGGUCAACCCAUUCGGUCGGGCCUUUUCGUUGAUGACAAAGUCGGACCUGAUUCAAGUCGAUCACCACGGCAAGGUCAUUGAUGGUGGUCCGAACCGGUUACUGAAUGCCGCGGCAUUCAUGAUUCACUCGGCGAUCCAUGAGGCUAGACCCGAUGUCUUGUGUGCAGCGCAUAGCCAUAGUAUUCAUGGGCGCGCGUUCUGUUCGCUGGGUCGGCCGCUGGAUAUCAUUACGCAGGAUGCGUGUGCUUUCCAUAAUGAUCAUGUCGUGUAUAAACAAUUCAACGGUGUCGUGCUGGCUGAGGAAGAGGGUAAACAGAUCGCAAAAGAGCUAGGCGAUAAGAAAGCCGCCCUCUUGCAGAAUCACGGUCUACUGACUGUUGGAAAAUCAGUAGAAGAGACUGUCUUUUGGUUUGUCAGUUUGGAGAAAUGUUGCUAUGCACAGCUCCUUGCAGACGCAGCUUCAGCUGGUCGCGGAGGUGAGACGGUGAAAAUCGACGAAGCUGAUGCGGCGUUCACCUACAAGACGGUGGGGACCCCUCUCGCAGGCUGGUUCAGUGGGCAGCCUUUGUUCGAUGUGAUUCAUGAAGAGAGCAAAGGGGCGUAUCUUAAUUAA